AUGCAUGAUGAUUAUCACUGCAUGCCCAUGCAUCCUUUUGCUCCCUCGGAUUUGUCUGAGGAUGAGAAAAGAGAUGUGGAACUUGUCCAGCUUCUUCUAUCUAAAGCUGAAAAGGUAGGCUACCAACAACAUGAUCGUGCAAGAAGAUUGCUAUUACAUUGCAAAUGGAUUUCAUCUGCCAGAUGUAAUUCGGUCCAGAGAGUGGUUUUUCAUUUUGCUUUGGCACUUCGAGAGAGGAUUGCAAAAGAAUCAGGAAGAUCAGUCAAGACAGCGAAGGGCGAAUUCAAGCAAAAUGACGAAAUUGAUGAAGAGUUGGACAACAUAAAGGAUUUUCCCAUCGAGCUUCUUAAGAUAAUGACUGUCGGAUCAACUAGAAAUGAGAGGAUAGAGGAGACAGGCAAGAGGUUAGGGAGUGUUACCGAAUCCAUGAACCUGCCCUUUUCGUUUAAGUCAAUAAUAUUAUCGGAUGUGAAAGAUAUCAAGGAAGAUUUCUUUGAAAUUGAAGAUGAUGAAAUCAUGAUCAUUUUUGCUUCAUUAGCACUGAGAACGAUGAUCUCUAGACCUAGUUGGUUGGAAAACUUCAUGAGAGUUAUCACAAACCUGAAUCCCUCCAUUAUGAUUGUCUUUGAAGUGGAAGCAAACCAUAAUUCACCCUCGUUUGUGAAUCGAUUCAUUGAAUCUCUGUUCUUUUGUUGUGCAUACUUCGAUAGCCUAGAGACUUGCAUGGAAAAGCAUGAGGAGGAGAGGAUGAAGAUGGAAACAAUCAUGGGUGGUCAUAUUAGAAACCUUGUAGCAGAGGAGGGUAGAGGAAGGAAAAACAGAAGUGUUACGAUAGAUGUGUGGAGGGCAUUCUUUGCAAGGUUUAGAAUGCUAGAAAUUGGGUUAAGUCAAUCAUCCCUAAACCAAGCUAGUUUGGUUGCUGAACGGUUUUCUUGUAGAAAUUAUUGCACAUUGGAUAAGAAUGGGAAAUGUCUAAUUGUUGGGUGGAAGGGAACCCCACUUCAUUCCCUUUCUGUUUGGAAUUUCAUGAGUUGA